AGUUGAACCCGUGCCACGGCCGAGAUCGGAUUUCCCCCAAAAAGCUCCGUUCGACGUUCUGUAAAAGCUGCGCCAGAGCAGCGCACGUGAUUGCUAAAAGCUCCUCCGCAAAGGUCGUGCUUUCCCACACGUCGCUAUCACCAGCUCCCCACGGGAGCUCUUAAACACUUUUGCAUCAAUUUAUAUGUUGCGGGUUAGAAAAUAAAACUAGACAGCGGUACGCUUUUUUUAUUCGGUGUGGCUCUGUGCUUUUGACAAGUGAGUGAAAUUUCACGGGGAAAGGAUCCCUACUCCCAAUCCAAAAAAAAACAACAUUUUCAUUGGGGAUUCACCAUACAUAGUUUAACUGUGAGGAAUACCUGAACCUGAAUAAAAUACCAUUGAGACAUUCCCCGGUUUUGUCAUCCUCAUACAAAAGUGCCACAAUUGGGCAGAGUAUUUGUACCAUGUCAAUCAUUUUCCUGCGGAAUAUACCUCAAUGAAUGGUGUUGCCCAAAUUGAAAGACGCCACGCUAUAAUAAGACGAUGAUGAAUCUGGAAAUUGAGGAAAUAUAAGUAAAAAGAAAAACAGUGGCAAAAAAACAUCAACUCAAACUUUUUUUCAAGGGUUUUUUGUAUGUGGUGGCAGUCCAAGACAGAAGGCAAAAAUAACGUGGGAAAAGGUUCUUUUCACCUUUGCUAUAUCCAUAUAUCAUUAAAGUUUUUUUUCUUGCUCUCACGCGUUUGUACAUUUGCAGUAUAACAGCAAAAAAAAAUUAAUAAUGAUUAAAUUUCUUUUCUUUUCCAUUUUGGUAUGGCUUUGCUAUAGUUUUGUUUGAGAGUUUGCCCUUAUUUUGAGCCACGGAAUAUUGUGUAAUGAUGCCAUUUUCCCAUUUAAAUUAACACACUUCAUCUCACAUUUGCCUCUAGCUGAAGACGAGUUCUGUAGUUUAAUUCCUUGUUAACAAGUCCCCAGCUGCUAACUAAUAUCAGGUCCUGUAACGUUUUAAUCAGAACAAAUAGCAAGUGAAGAAUACCACUAACACUUGCAUUACCAUAGAAAUUUAAUUUUGGCUCCAAAUGGGCACUGCGGUGUGCCUUCCGGCUGGACCGGAUCUGACGCAGCAGUGUGAGCAAUGCAUGAAUUGCCUCCCAAAACCCUUUGGAACGAGAGGUGGCAGCAAGCAUCGCUUCAGGGGAGCUUUUCUCUCAACAGGAAACAGUUCGUACGUGCUUUUCUCAACAGUGAAAUCGUCACCCAGUACCAGUGAAAAUCAUAUUAUUACUGUCGCAGAGUCAACGGCUCAAUGUGAAGUUGCCAGUUCACCAGAAGGUAGAUCAGCGUGCAAAGACGAUUCAGUAGUUAGGGAUAGAUCAUCUGGUGUUAGCGAAGCAAGACCAACAGUACAAUCUGGGGUGACAGGAGUGACUCAUAUGCAAAGUACCAGUCCCGAAAAUGGACAAUUAGCGAAAGAUGCUGCACUGACAAUUGUUCGGCGAUCGAGCAGCAAAAGAGGGAACAGCAGUUCUAGCAAUCAGACGAUAAAUUUGCGGGAAAAUCCUCAAGACAAUUUGGAUAGCUGUGAAGUGGGCGGAAGGGGUGGUGGAGCAAGUGACGAUAAUUCCAACGAGUGUGACGUGGUGGAGAGAAUGCAAUCGGUAACGUUGACAUCAUCCGGCGACGAAUUGGACAAUGUUGACCUGGCCACUGAUAAUCUGCCCGCCGUCGAUACUCCGGAUGCAUGCGACAAGGCUGCCAUGAGAUUGCGAUCUCUCCUGAGGCAGCUACAACGAGGUGAAAUAUCUGCAGAGAUUUUGCAGAAAAAUCUUCAUUAUGCUGCACGAGUUCUUGAAGCUGUUUUCAUCGAUGAAACCAAUAUUGACCGAAGUCGAGAGAGGAAUGAGCCAGGAGCACCCAGAGAUGGUGCAAAAACCGCGCCACAAUUGCAUGGGCGCGGGACAACGGUCCAACGACGUCGCCUACGUACUCCAGUCUGGGCCAGGCGUUUAGCGGAUGAAGAUGAUGAAUUGUCUGAAGUGCAACCCGAUGCUGUGCCUCAAGAAGUUCGAGCUUGGCUUCAGAGUACAUUUACUCGACAAUUGGCAACGACUCGCCGGAAGGCGGAUGAAAAGCCAAAAUUCCGCUCUGUGGCUCAUGCAAUUCGGGCUGGUAUUUUCGUUGAUAGAAUCUACCGGCGUGUUUCGAACUCUGCUCUCAUGCAAUUUCCACCAGAAGUUGUUAAAGUGCUCAAGACUCUCGAUGACUGGUCCUUUGAUGUAUUUGCACUUGCGGAGGCGGGAAACUCCCAACCGGUGAAAUACUUGGGAUACGACUUACUGAAUCGCUACGGAAUGAUUCACAAGUUCAAGGUGCCACCAGCUCUACUCGAGGUCUUCCUGAAUCGAAUAGAAGAGGGAUACUGUCGCUUCCGCAAUCCCUAUCACAACAAUCUCCAUGCGGCUGAUGUCGCUCAGACUGUCCACCAUGUUCUCUGUCAGACGGGUCUAAUGCACUGGCUCACGGACCUUGAGAUCUUCGCAACCCUCCUGGCCGCUCUCAUUCACGAUUACGAGCACACGGGAACUACCAAUAACUUCCAUGUGAAAUCGGGCUCGGACACGGCAAUGCUCUACAAUGAUCGGGCCGUGCUGGAGAACCACCAUUUGAGUGCUGCCUUUCGGGUCCUCAAGGAGGACGAAUGCAAUGUCCUGCAGAAUCUCACGCGUGAUGAAUUUAGGGAGCUGCGCUCCCUUAUCAUUGAUAUGGUGCUAGCGACGGACAUGUCCUUCCACUUCCAGCAGAUCAAGAAUAUGCGAAAUCUUCUUACUCUCGGUGAUCCUCAGGUGGACAAGUCAAAAGCACUAGCUCUGGUGCUGCACUGUUGUGAUAUCUCCCAUCCGGCAAAGAAGUGGAAUAUCCACCAUCGCUGGACGAUGCUCCUCCUGGAGGAGUUCUUCCGCCAGGGUGAUCUAGAGCGUGAACUGGGCCUGGAUUUCAGUCCGCUGUGCGAUCGCAAAACAACCCUCGUGGCUGAAUCGCAAAUAGGCUUCAUUGAAUUCAUUGUGGAACCUAGUAUGGCGGUUUGUGCGGACAUGUUGGAAAUUGUCCUAGCACCCAUUGCACCACCGCUCCAGUGCAAAAGUACGCCAUCGACGGCGUCACAGGAUGAACCGAGUAGUGGCGAUUCGGGACGAAGUCUCUCCGUUACAGAACCGACAAUUCCCGAAGAAUCCGAUCAACCGAAAAACUAUUCGGAUGACAAACGUUCGAGAUUUAUCAUCAAGAAGCCAUGGGUAACGUGUCUGGCGGAGAACAAAAAGAUCUGGAAGGAGCAAGCGAUACGAGAUGCUGAAGCCCGAGCUGCUGCUGAGAAGACCGAGGGUGAGGAUGUUGAAAAUCCUACAGCCGCAAUCAAGGAUUAAUAAUAGAAGGACUCUCACCAAAAUGUCUAAUGACACUGCAAUAUCGCACUUCAAAAAAUUUUAGACAUGUAUUUUUUAGUGCAUUAUAAAGAAAACUGUUUAGGAGAGCACCGUAAAAUUCCUAUUAACAUUGUAAAA